UAUGGCAGUGUACUGAGUGGUUGGUUAGAAAUUACCGAUUUCAUAUAAAUUAGGAUUCGUACGUUUUUGUUGUAUUAAAUUUUUUUCGUUUAAUGUACGCGGUCCCAUUUUUGGGUCAUUAAAUAUAUUUGCUUCAUUUGAUGUCCAUACAUCAUACUUUCGCUGAAAAUUUGGUUUUCUUCGGAGCUGGCCUGGAUUAUUGACGUUUCAUGUGCCUGUAUAAAAUAAGCUUCCGAAUGCUGUUUGUUUCGGUGUACGCACUGAUUGUAGGUUGUGGGCGUGCGGUUUGAUUUUAUAAGUAUACCAGAGAAAUAUAGGAUAUUGUGGAAAGUGCAAUAUUGUGAUACAUUUAUUUCGUUAAUAUGUGGUACGAAUUGGCACUGAUGUGGCAAACCGGAUCGCAUCAAGGUGGAGAAAACGUGACGCUUUUAUAAGAUGGGAGAAGGCGCGCGGCGAGCGGGCGGGCGCGCGGCGUCGGGUGACACGCGUUGCGCCGCGAACUGCGGCCUGCCACUUGUUCAGUUGGAUUGAAGCGGCCGUAACCGGCCAGUAUGGAGGAGUGUAAGAAGAGAGUGCAUGGUACUAAAGUUUCGAAAAUUGCAAAUAUAUUUCAAGGAAUGCCGUCGAGGGAUGACGAAGACUUGCGUGGCGCCGAUGUGACGGUCGUGCGCACCGAGAGUCACUUGGCCAGAUUCAAUAACGCGCGAGCGUUAUUCGAGAAGUUGGGUGAAGAGAAUCGCGGCUUCCGAAUCGAGAAAUCACCUUCCGCGGCAGCAAGCUUCGCGGGCACGCGCGGCGGACAUCCGCCGGUGCCCACGCGAUCGCGCUCCAGCUCCGCAGGAUCCGUUAGUCCGCAGAGGGCCAGCGUCACCCCAACUAACGUUCUUGCGCCCGCGCUAAACGGAGACAGACUCGCCAAUGGUGCCGGGCAACCGCCGCCAAAGCCCGUCAAACCAAGCGUUUUGCCUAAACCUGAGAAACCCGAUAGACGAUUUAACAAGGAGCUCAUCGAAAAACAGAGGAAUUGGACGGCACAUUUCAAUAAGCAGCGGCCGGCGAGGUACGAACAUGAGCAAAGGCCUGACCAAAAAUUCGGUCCCGGACAAGUUGACAGAAAAUCGCCAGAAAUCGCCGAGAGGUAUGUGGUCCCAUCCCGAGUGUAUUCACCUCCGUUGUCGCCCGGCGCCACCGACUCGCAAGCAGAGCGUCCUACGACUCUUCCUUCAUCCUUAGUUACUCGUGGUGCACACGUUGCGAAAUCUCCUAGUCCUGUAAAAACGAUUGGUUCCGUGUCACCAUUGCCAAGAUCGAGUAAUACACUAUCUCCCACCGCAAGAACUUCACCAACGUUCAAGGUAGAACGAGUUUCUCCAAGCAAAGAUGGUGCACAAAAUAUUGGAAUCAACGAAAGAUUAUGUGCCGGUAAUCGAUCGCCCGUAGUUAGUGACAUAGACAGUGAUACGGCUGAAUCGGAAGCGGCUAAUAACAACUGCGUGCAAUAUCCAAAUGUGGCACCGAAGCCCGUCGAAAGAAUAUUAUCCGCCCAGACUUCUCCCGUUUCACAUUCCAUAUCAGAUCCGUUAGCCAAAAGGCCACCUCCUUCACCUCCUAUGCGAAUGCCAAGAUCUCCUCCACCUCCCAUACCUCAAGAGAAAAUCACACCUCCUCGUGACACCAUUCCUUCUGAAGCUUUCAUUGAAGACAGAGGUAUUGCUUUUCCCGAUAUUAUCGACGAUUUGCGAGUACAACCCGUACCUCCGAGAAACCGAAGAUCUCCUUCUAAAUCUCCCGUACCCCGUCCCGCAUACAACGAUAGCUCCGCCCCCACCUCUCCUCUAAGACGAAGCGCAGAUAUAUGCGAUAACGCCCGAAGAUCACCCUCCAAGAGCGGAGAUUCGGAAGAUGAAAAUUACAUUGGUUUACAAUACGGAUACGAUUCUAAUGAGAAGGGGAAGAGUAAACGACGGUCAUCAACACCCGAGUCGCCGGCAAGCGCCCUACCGGAAGACGAUGCGUCCCGGUCGCCGCUGACGUCGCCCGCAGCAUCCCCGGUGCAUGGCGUCCCUGUCACGCCGCUACUAGCGUCCCCAACACAUUCGGGCGGAGGUCGCAAGUCGUCGGAGGAUGGUGUGCGGCGUGCUUCGAGCGUGUCCGACGAGGGCGGGUUCAACGAGCCCUCGCCCGACGUCGCGGCGCUGCGGCCCGCGGAGCGCGCCCGCUCUGACCCCGACACGCUCUCCGUACUGCAGCAGGAUUCUGGUGUGGUGGUAAGCGAGGCGAGCCAGGGCUCCAUCGAGGUGCUCGACAAGUCGACCACCAGUCAAUGGAGCGUGUCGGAGGCGGAGGCGCCCUCCAGCGAUGCGGCGCAAGCUCACGACACUGACGACAAACAGCCCGACAGUAUGACGCCAGAUGAGGCUGAAAUACUACUAAGUUCCAGCAUUCUGGAGAAAAAACUUAGACAAGAGGGCCUGCUGUCGGACGAGCAGGCGCAGGAGAUCGUCGCCAUGCUGUCGCCGCACGCCCCGCACGCGCCCCACACGUCACACACCCCACACUCCGCGCACGCCCCACACGCCCCGCACGCCCCGCACGCCUCGCUCGCAAACAACGAAAACGGCGUCUCGCUCAACGACAGCUACCAGUCCGUGCUCUCGUAUGAGAGCAUGCAGUCAGUGGAUGAAAGCUACGAGUUUGUGUCACUUGAAGCGGACAAUGGCACAGCGUCCAGUGACCGUCGCCAUGACGACGAGCAGGACAGCGAGAGAGUGGAACAAGUCGAGCAGGUGGAACAGGCCCAACAACAGGAACAUGUUCCGCGCCCGGAACAUACGCAGCCGAUGCGCGUGUUCUCGACGCACUCGGUGCGGGAGUACGACCGCCGCAACGAGGACGUGGACCCCGUGGCCGCCUCCGCGGAGUACGAGCUGGAGAAGCGCGUCGAGAAGAUGCACGUCUUCCCGGUAGACCUCGUCAAAGGAAACGACGGACUUGGACUCUCUAUUAUAGGUAUGGGCGUGGGCGCGGACGCGGGUCUAGAGAAGCUGGGCAUCUUCGUGAAGACCAUCACUGAGAGCGGUGCGGCAGCGCGCGACGGACGCAUACAAGUCAACGACCAGAUCAUCGAAGUCGACGGCAAGAGCCUGGUCGGUGUAACGCAAGCGUAUGCGGCGUCAGUACUGCGCAAUACAUCGGGGCCGGUCAAGUUUCUCAUCGGCCGCGAGAAAGACCCGGAGAAUAGUGAAGUGGCGCAUCUCAUUCGACAAUCACUGGCCGCCGAUAAAGAGAGAGAAGAAAGAGCGGCAAGAGAGCGGCAGCGCCGGCAGCAGGCGGAGGAGGAAGACAGCAACCAGCAGUCGUCAGCCGAGGCGGCCGUCGCGCAAGCACGCCACCCCGAAAUCAACGAACUGCGCGCCUUUUUGCAAGAGCUGGUGGGUAUGGAGGCUGGCGGUGGUCGCGGGGAGGAAAUCAGUUCGCGCGUGCGUGAGUGGUGCUCGCGUCGCGCACCCCCGCCCCCCUCACAGCACGCGCUCGCCCGCGCCGCUGACGCACACAGAAAAUACGAUAAGGCGCGCCGUGCGUUGCGCGGGUGGCGACGUACGCGGGCGUUGGUGCGCGCGCGCGAGGAGUGGUGGAGCGGCACGCUGCGGGACGCGCACCGCGAGUACGCCACCGCGCUCUCCGCGCUGCACGACCGCGUCGCCAGGCUCGAGGUCUUGCUGCUUGAGACGCAGAAGAAGGCGGGACUACCCGUGAUGCUGCCGCACGAGCCGUCCGCGCGCCGCGAGACUCCGCCCCUGCCCCGACGACCGGACCCCGAUCCGCUAAUGAUUGAUGAUCCAUGGAGUUCGGACAGCGAUCUAUCAGACUUAUCGCCGAUAGAGGACGAGUAUGCGAAAGUGGACAAGUCUGACAGGCGACAGCGCGAGGCGCCCGACAUCGGCGACGUGACUGCACCGGCCACCGUCGCCGACACCCGGCCCCCCGUCCCUUACGAC